AUGACGGUGCGGCUCAAAUGCGAGUCGUUAAAACUCUUGGUGGUGCCUGUAACAACAAAACUCUUAACUGUACGACACCGAACUCUGUGUGUUCGGCAAACAGAUUGUGUAUAUGCGAAGACGGUUAUGAAAUUAACCAAAAUAAUCGUUCUGCGUGUGUUAGCAAACUCAACAGUAAAUGCAAUGCAACUCGCCCUUGCAAUCGACCUGGAGCAGAAUGUGUCAACAAUGAAUGCAGGUGCAGAACGGAUCACGUUGUAUCGUCCAAUAAAACGCAUUGCUUACCAAGUAAUUGCAACCUCACUGAAUAGCCAAUGCACAGAAGAGCUGCAAUGCAGUAGACUUGUUAACAGCAGAUGUUGGGGAGGUGCUUGCAUUUGUAAAGACCAUACUUUCCAAAGUAGUAAUACAGCAUGUGAAGUAAAAAGGUGCCAAUCUAAUAGUUGCGAUUAUUUGGGGUACGCUGUCUGUGUUGCCGGCGGAACUUGCCAAUGUAAUGCAAAUGGAUUUCAAUAUGGGACACGAUGUUACAGAAGCAUUAUUGGUAAAGUUGGUGAUAAAUGCACUAAUGACGAUUUGUGCCAUUUGAAUGCUGAUGGGGCGAAUCAACACGUGUCAUGUACAAAAGGAAAAUGCACAUGCAAUAAACCUUACAAACCCAACAAAGAAAAGACAAGUUGUUCCGGAGCAGCAGGUACCUUCAUUUCCAUCACUACUGCAUUGCUUGCUGUUGUGGCUGCCAUGCAAGCGUAGAAAAUGGUCAUGAAUAAAUAAGGCGAAUCUGAUGAACAAUUUUUGUUAAACCUGUUAUUUCACGUCAUAUAUAAUUUGUGAUCAAUUUAAAAUUCUAGUAAUACUAAGAAAUACUAUGGUUAGGCGAUAAUCUGAUUCAGUCGCGCCAUAGAACUUACAUGUAUAGAUACGAGUGCGUUCGCUGCGGGGCGCAUUGUGUUUUGUUGCCUGCGUUCCUAAAGGUGGAGGGAUCCCAACUCUUCUCAUAAUAACGCAAUGCAAAUGUUAAAAACUAUUGGUAUUAAUUUAAUGAAUAAAAGUAUUAAAUAACAGCAAUUUACUUUUUAUAUAUGCCACAGUUCAUACGUUUCCAUUGAUUUGAUAUAGGCGUUUUAAUGA